AAAUUAUGAUCAACUUGUUACUUUUAGUCCACUUGUUUUGAAUUUUAAAACUAUUUACAUAAUUAAUAACCAAAAUACCACUUGAGUUGCCAAAAUAUAGAUUUUCUUAUAAUAACAACCUAAAUUGUUAAACCCUAAAUUGAGAUUUAAAGCUGCUAUCAUGGUGAUGAUUUCCAAUAUUGAAUGGUUGAAGGAUGAACAAUUGAAUCACACGCCUAUUCAUUUAAUGGAAGUUACAACAGACAAAACAUUGGAUACUGCACUAGAAUUAACAAUUUUUCACAAACUCACGUUAGUCAGGCCGCGGGAACUUAGGACAUCCUAUGAAAUCGAAUCAAUUGUUCGAGUACUUGGCACAGGAUUUAAAUUUUUUGAACUAUUAUCUCAGGAAAAAAUAAUAGGUUUAAUGAUGAAAGCUACAUACAAAUGUUUUGGUCCGAAUCGAUUCAUUUUAAAGCAAGAUCAUAAACCACAAAAUAUGUAUUAUAUAGUUAAAGGACAAUUAAUUCUUUUAAAAAACAUAUACAAUGAAGUAUUAAAUAAAAUUGAAUCUAUUGAAGUGUGUAAGCUAAACGAAGGUGACACUUUUGGAGAAAAUGCUGUUAUGUUUGAUACACCAAGAAAAACUUCAGUAAAAUCCUUAACUACUGUGGAAUUAAUUUGUAUAUCGCAAGAUGACUACAUUGAAACGCUAAAGUACGACGUUUUACUCGAAUGGGAAGCUAAUGCAAAUAUCAUAAAAAGUUCAGAAUUCUUUAGAUAUUUAAAUUCAGAACAAGUAAAUAGAGCUAGCGCUUUAUCAUUUAUCAAAACUUAUCAACCGGGAGAUCACGUCGUUGGAGACAAGCUUGGUAACAUUGAUUAUGGCCACUUUAUGAUUGAAGGAAAGGUUAACAUGAUAGAACGAUUAAUAUUGUUAAGAUCACCUAAUCGGUACGGGCAGAACUUUACAUACAAAUUAUAUGAUGGCAAGAGUACAUUGAAAAAAAACCAAAGUUUGGUAGAUAAAUUCAUGAAAGUGUGUGAUUUCUUAGGAAAUUCGUGUUUUAAUAUAGGAGAAUGUAUUACAAAUAAAGACUUUAUAGCUGACAAACAAACAUUAGUCAAAUGCCUUUGUGUCCCUAAAUGGUAUAUGUAUGAAACAGAAAUAUUAAAAUGGUGGGAAAGAACUCGAAUAGAUAUUGAACAUGUUGUUCCUAACACCAAUGUUGUUUUUCAAUAUUUUAUAGCUGGUAGAUUACAUACAUCUCAAUUAAAUGAUUUAAUAACCAAAAAACGGAAGAAAAGUGAAAAUCAUUUAAAAGCAAAAAACUCCAUGCUACCUACAUCAUGCUUAUUACUGCCUAGUAAUGCAAAUUGGUUAGACAAACAUAUGAAUCUUUAAAAAAAAAUUAGUGUUUUUAAUCAUAAUAAACUUAGUAACAAAUAAAUAUUUUAAUCUUUAAAAAUAUUUGUAACUGAUGAUUAAAUUAACAAAUUGAGCAUCAUUAAUCGAACAUUAUAAAUAUUUAUGUUACCAUUAUAUUUUUAAUGAGAACAGUUAAUUCCAAAUUAAUUUAUUAAUGUUCUCUUUUAAUGAUCACGUAUAAUUGAAGUAGUUUAUUUUUUAAAUUUAUAACAUCUAAAUAGAAGAUCUAGAAGUCCUAUGAGUCUUCUUAGGUUCACUACUGAUAUUUUUAAGAUUUCUUCAACUAAUUACUCUCUUGAAAAGACUAACAAAUAAAAAUAUCUAUAUGUUUGAAUCAGUAUAACAAAAGCUUGAUAAAUACAGUUUUAACCACAAUUUUAACUUCUAGUAAAUAUUUGAUUCACCGGAAGUUAAUAUUCAAUUAUAUUAAAUAUUUUUAGAAAUAUA